CUCAUGCAAGUUGAUUUUAGACUUAAAUUAGACUGAGCCGUAUUCAGGGAGUCCGGUACAAACACAAACCACUGGCUCACAGUGGUUUUUUUUUUUUUUUUUUUUUAAUCAUCGAUCAAUCGUCAAAUGUGCUGCUGAUGCACUUUGCAGCAUCUGCUAACAGCGGCUAGGCUAGCUCAGCGAGCUAACCGGCAGACCGUCCGUACAGUCAGGUAGCCCGGUGUGAGAAAGAGGAAUAGGCUACCUGGUUUCUUUGAAGGUGGCGCGUCUUUGUUAAUGAUUCGUGGAACUGAUGAUUGCGCAGUGAAAGGAGACAGGCGACACACACCUUAAGUAUUUGGCGGUUAAGAAAACCAACGCUUGCAUCAAGCUAACGUUAAAGGUUUGGUUUAAUACGUAAGCUAGCAGCAGCUAGCACUAAGGUUAGGUAUCUCAGCUCAGGUGCUUCAACAGUCAGUCCGAGGAGUUUCCGGGACCGAGACAAGAAAUGGCCAGUAAACCCACGGCAGGUUUCACCUGCCAGGCUAAUGGCGACAACACACCGGGACGAAUGUCCGGUUCUGGCCGCUCAUGUCGCCACCAGUCCGAGUCAGAGUCCGACGUUGCGCCGACUAUGAAAAGCUUAGCACGGCUGUGCAGCAGGGACGGGGAGGAGCGGGCAGCUGCUCUGGAGGAGCUAAACCAGGGGGUUCUGGUGUGUUUAGAACUGGACCGACCCGGUUCGGCACGGCUGAGUAAACAAACUCUUCUGCAUCUGCUUCGGCUGUCCCGAUCCUGCCCGCUGCCGGACGUACGAGGGAGAGCAACCGAGCUCCUUAGGACCGCACAGGAGCAAGGAGUUGAAGUACCUCGGGCUCUGGCCUCAGGUCCAAGUGCCUUCAUUCCUGCAAAAAAGAUAUUGAAAGAAGAACUGGACCAGGACAUCCUGGUCGAAUCUUUUCUUUCACUGGGUCGUGUGGACCACUUCACCAUGGUGAUGGCCCUGCACCCUGCCUACCUCAGCUGCUUCCUGAGGACCCAGCAUGCUUUGUUGGAGCUGGAUGGCCCUUUGCCCCGUCACUGGAGACAUUACAUUGCUAUUAUGGCCGCAGCCCGACACCACUGCUCGUACCUGGUGCAGCAGCACAGUGCGGGCUUCCUGGAGGCUGGAGGAGAGGAGAGCUGGCUGAGCGGCCUGGAGCACGCUCCCACCAAACUCCGCAGCCUGCAAAAACUCAACAAACUGAUGGCACACAGACCCUGGCUUAUCACACAGCAGCACAUCCAGGAGCUGGUGUGUCCGGGCGCAGAGCCGCGCUGGUCACUGGCUGAACUUAUACACGCCGUGGUCCUGAUGGCACACGCUCAUUCGCUCUGCUCUUUUGUGUGGGGCUGCGGCUUGAACCCGGAGCCCGACCACAUUGGAGGUCACACCUUUCUGCCUCCUUCACCAGGUCACUUCCCACGUAGUCCCCACAGCCCCGCACAUGAGGACAGCAGGCAAGAGUUGGUUGAUGGUGCGAUGGAGGUGGAGGUGCUGAUGAAGAGGAUGGUGGAGCUGCAGCAGCAGCAGGAGGAGGAGGAGUGCACACAGGAGGAGAUGGUUACUCGCUUUGAGAGGGAGAGGAGCGAGAGUAUACCAACAGCAGCGGUGCGGGAAGCUCCACCCGACAUGAUGUUGCACCUGGUGGAGGAUCCAGAGUUCAGAUACGAGGACUUUGCACCCAGAGGAGAGCAGGCACCACCCACCAUGAGAGCACAGGACUAUUCAUGGGAGGACCACGGCUUCUCUCUGGUCAACAGACUACUGCCAGACAUGGGCCAGCUCCUGGAUGAGAAAUUCCAGGUGGUGAGCAACUUGACAUACCACAGGAUGGCCAUGCAUGAGGGUGUGGACACUCACACUCUGAGAAAAGCUCUGUGGAACUACAUCCACUGCCUCUACGGGAUACGAUACGAUGAUUACGACUACGGCAGCGUGAACGUGUUGUUGGAGCGCUCUCUGAAGGUGUUUGUUAAAACCAUGGCAUGUCACCCCGAGCAGACCACGGCACGAGUUUACCAUGCCUUCUGGAGGCACUUCAGACACUCUGAAAAGGUUCAUGCAAACCUAAUAGUGAUGGAAGCCCGGCUACAGGCAGCACUUCUUUACACCUUGCGAGCCAUCACACAUUACAUGAGAUGACACAGUCUCUCUCUCUCUCUCACUUCUGCAGAUACUGAGCCAGCUGUGACAUACCAGAGCCCAAAGCAUUACACAACAACGCCAGAAAACUUUGCACACAUGCACGCACGCACGCGCACACACACUACAGUGAAUGUUGGUAUAUGCAUAUCUAAUGUUUCAGUGUUAAUGUUUUGAUGCUGCUUUACAACUGGAAUAUAUGAUAUUUAAAAUGUGUUACUUAUUUUGCACUGAAAUAUAUCAGGGAUGUGUUUCCCACUUGAGCCUCGGGUGGCACAUGUAUCUGUCACACACAGACAUAUCUACAUGCUACCUGCCAGGUGCGUGGGUGGUAUUAGGUCUGACUUAACUAAAUAAUCAUUGUGAUUCAGGCGCAUUUCCUGUGCAGACUUGUGGUUGUUUAUUGGACAUUCCUGUAACGACCAAUAUCUGCUCACCACUUUUCAGCACACUUCAGUCCUCUCUUUCUGCCGCACGUGAAGGCUGAGAUAAAACAACUUGUAUUUUUAUAUACAAUUAAAAAAAAAAAAAAAAAAAGUUACUUUGUUAUCAAAAUCAAACAGUGUUGUGAGUUUGUCUGAAUUUAUUCUGAUGUUCUAGUGGACAUCAUGUGGUUGAAAAAACGUAGUGUCCUCAAUAUCAGCAUUUUGUUGUUUUGAUUUAAAAGCUAAUGCAAGAGGAAAAAAAAAUAUAUAUAUAUAUACAGAUAUACAGAUAGAUGAAGUUUCUUACGUGUACAUAGUAAGUCAAAAACGGCCAAACAAGCCUAAAUUACUGGAGAUCUCUUCGAAGUUACAUUGACACACCACACGAUGGAGACAAAGGCUUUCAGAAAUUGUGUCAGUCGUUAUAGUUUAUCAAGGCAGCUCAAUGUUCAGUGUGAACUGCGGUAGGGUGACAGUUGACUUCGUGGUGGAAGUGCGGGGUCUGGUUGCGAUACGUAGGUAUACGCCUAUGAUGAAACCCGUUUACAAAGUGGCAUCAGCAGGAGAAGCGGUAGUGGCGUGCCGGUAAAUCGCACAAAACAUGAGAUUCCUCCUCCUUUAAGCCCCUCUCACGUUUCUUUUUUUUGAACGCGGAUAUCGCACCUCGUUCAGUCUUCCUGUACUUCGCACCAGGGAAUGAAUGUGUCGCAUCUCGCCCUGCAGCUGCACUUCAGCCAGACACCGCGGCUCACUCGCGCUAGGCCAAGCAGCAGUUACCACAGGCUUUCGGUGUGUGUGUCUGUGUGUCUGUGUGUGUGUGUCUGUGUCUGUGUGUGUCUGCGGGCGUUUUAACUCGAAGCUGGUUUUUGUCUUGUGCGCUCACAGCAAAAACUCCAACUUUAAUGACAGCCCAGUUUAACCCACUUUGUCCAUGUAGCCUGGCGCGAGCGACAGCUAGGUUUUUGAAUUAUAGCAGUGAAAAUUGAAAAUUAUAUUUAAAAUUUAUUUCAUGUUCUUCCAUUUUCCUCUAUUUGGAAGGCUAAUAAUUCUU